CUACAGAGGCAGAAGAGCUCUUACAAAAGAGAUGUGGGAGUGAAAUGAUCAGAUGUUUGUUCUUUCUCUGCCCCCUUUAACCACUGAAGCCUGGGGAAAAUGCUGCUCGCUUCACUGGAGGGAGCCUUAACCUCAGCUUCAGACAUCCGUUAUGUCGUCAAAGAGCUGCAGUCCCAUGGCGACGUACAUGGAGUUCAUCCAGCAAAACGAGGAGCGUGAUGGAGUCCGUUUCAGCUGGAACGUGUGGCCUUCCAGCAGGCUGGAGGCCACAAGGAUGGUUGUCCCCCUGGCCUGUCUUCUGACCCCACUGAAGGAGCGUCUUGACCUGCCACCUGUGCAGUAUGAACCGGUGCUUUGUAGCAGGCCAACCUGCAAAGCAGUGCUCAGCCCACUCUGCCAAGUCGACUAUCGGGCCAAGCUCUGGGCUUGUAACUUCUGUUUUCAGAGAAAUCAGUUCCCUCCAGCAUAUGCAGGCAUAUCUGAAGUCAACCAACCAGCAGAGCUUAUGCCUCAGUUUUCAACAAUUGAAUAUAUAGUGCAGCGGGGUCCGCAGACGCCAUUGAUCUUCCUGUAUGUUGUUGACACGUGCCUGGAAGAGGAGGACUUGCAGGCGCUGAAGGAGUCCCUCCAGAUGUCCUUAAGUCUGCUGCCUGCCGAUGCUCUGGUGGGGCUUAUCACUUUUGGCAGAAUGGUCCAGGUUCACGAGCUGAGCUGCGAAGGGAUUUCCAAGAGCUACGUGUUUAGGGGCACAAAAGACCUGACAGCUAAGCAAAUACAGGAUAUGCUUGGGCUUUCAAGGCCAGCUGUCCCCAUUCAACAGGGAAGACCUCUUCAGACUCCAGAGCAACCUGUUAUUUCAAGCAGGUUUCUGCAGCCAGUACAUAAGAUUGACAUGAAUUUAACAGAUCUGCUUGGAGAACUGCAAAGGGACCCAUGGCCAGUGACCCAGGGAAAGAGGCCUUUACGUUCCACUGGAGUGGCUCUUUCGAUUGCUGUUGGCUUACUGGAGGGCACAUUUCCAAACACAGGGGCCAGAAUAAUGCUGUUUACAGGUGGGCCACCAACACAAGGACCAGGCAUGGUGGUAGGAGAUGAACUGAAAACACCCAUCCGUUCUUGGCACGACAUAGAGAAGGACAAUGCAAGGUUCAUGAAGAAGGCCACAAAACACUACGAGACGCUGGCUAAUCGCACUGCAGCCAACGGGCAUUGCAUCGACAUCUAUGCCUGUGCCCUGGAUCAGACUGGACUGCUAGAGAUGAAGUGUUGUGCAAACCUUACCGGAGGACACAUGGUGAUGGGGGACUCCUUCAACACUUCUCUCUUCAAGCAGACCUUCCAGCGUGUAUUUAACAAAGGCUUCAAUGGGGAAUUUCGGAUGGCUUUUGGUGCAAGUUUGGAUGUGAAGACCUCUAGGGAGCUGAAAAUUGCAGGAGCUAUUGGACCAUGCAUAUCCCUGAAUGCUAAAGGGCCGUGUGUCUCUGAAAACGAGCUUGGAAUUGGAGGAACAUCUCAAUGGAAAAUUUGUAGUCUGGAUCCCAGCACAACUCUGGCCAUUUACUUUGAAGUGGUAAAUCAGCACAACGCACCAAUACCUCAGGGAGGCAGAGGGGCAGUGCAGUUUGUCACUCAGUAUCAACACUCCAGUACACAGAAACGCAUUCGUGUCACCACCAUAGCCAGAAAUUGGGCAGAUGCACAGAGUCAGCUCCAGCAUAUAGAAGCUGCGUUUGACCAGGAAGCAGCUGCUGUGCUGAUGGCACGACUGGGAGUGUACAGAGCUGAAUCGGAGGAAGGACCUGAUGUUCUGCGAUGGCUGGACAGACAGUUGAUCAGACUGUGUCAGAAAUUUGGACAAUACAACAAAGAUGAUCCCAACUCCUUCAGAUUGUCAGAAUCAUUUUCUUUGUAUCCCCAGUUCAUGUUCCAUCUGCGACGCUCCCCAUUCCUGCAGGUCUUCAAUAACAGUCCAGAUGAAUCUUCUUAUUACCGCCACCACUUUGCUAGGCAAGAUUUGACCCAGUCUCUCAUUAUGAUCCAGCCCAUCCUUUAUGCUUAUUCUUUCCAUGGACCUCCUGAGCCAGUGCUUUUGGACAGCAGCAGUAUUCUUCCUGACAGAAUCCUACUGAUGGAUACUUUCUUCCAGAUAGUUAUCUACCUUGGUGAGACUAUUGCACAGUGGCAGAAAGCUGGUUACCAAGACAUGCCUGAAUAUGAAAACUUCAAGCACCUACUGCAAGCCCCACUGGAUGACGCCCAGGAAAUCUUGCAGACUAGAUUCCCAAUGCCGCGUUACAUCCACACGGAACACGGGGGCAGUCAGGCCCGGUUCCUCUUGUCUAAAGUGAACCCUUCUCAGACCCACAAUAACCUCUAUGCGUGGGGACAGGUAAGCAAUGGAAGAGCUGGUCACGUUUGGGAAUGCUGUAAACUGUACAAUUACAUAUUUGUCUACGCCUUAGCCAUCCUGUUUCAUCACAUGGCCACAAACUGGGAGCAGGUUACAUUUGUCCUCCACUUCUUGCCCAAGAGCUUUUUGCAGGCAUAUGUGACUGGAUUUGAACAUCUUACCAUGCUUUGCGGUGCAAGGAAACAAGGUUAUUUCUAUGUACCAAAGGAUCCAAUAAUGGAAUUACCAGCUGAGACUGCAGUAAUUGUAGCAUUUUAAAAGACACAACUGAUUUAUUAGGUUUGUCUCUAAAGCUUAG